UCACGCCUAAAUAAUAACACUGAUUAACUUGUGUUGUCAUUGGAUUCAAAAUACCCAUUUAAAUUCGUUUAAACCAUGAGAACUAUUAUUUAGACCUUCGUCUGCUGCUCUAUAGUCCACCCAUUUGGAAAUCGUCUAGUUGGAAUGUCUAGUGGACAUUCUAGCGGAUAAUUGUUUCUACAGUUUGACUAAUUGAGUGAAAAACUUUUGGCACGUCAGUAGUUCGUCUGACAUGUACACUGGAAUCAUGCGGUGUUCUGCGUUCACAGCUCACGCAGUCUGUUGUCUUUGUCUUUGGGGAUGUGUGGCACAGAGUGUCUGUGCAUUAACUCAUAUACAGCAGUUUGAAGUGGUGAGACCUCUGAGUAUAAGAGCUCGCAGGAGUGUUUCCAAACAGGUACAGCCUAAAGAAUUACAAAACCAUGAGAUCUAUCCUGAUCAACUCACAUAUCAAUUAUUCUUUGGAGGGAAGAAUCACACGAUUCAUUUGGAAAAGAACAGGCAACUCAUUGGACAUAAUUAUACUGAAAUAUACUAUCGAGAUGAUGGAUCAAUUGUGAGCAGUAAUCCAAAUUUUAAGGACAGUUGCUAUUAUCAUGGCCAUAUUCAGGAUUUGGAGGAUUCCUCGGUCAGUGUGGGAAUCUGUUUUGGAAUCAGAGGUUUUGUUAGGAUGAAACAGGAAGUGUACCUGAUUGAACCCCUGACCAAUCACAGUGAUGGAGACCAUGUAAUCUAUAAGCAGGAACAUCUAAGACGGAAGAGAAACUCUCGUGGUGAAUCUCACAACACCGUUUAUGACCAUGAACCACCAGUGGCUGCACCAUUGAAGUUUAGCAGUAGGACACUUAAACAUUUUGACACACCAAGAUUUGUGGAACUGUUUCUGGUGGUGGAUAACGCUGAGUACAAAAAGUACAGGUCUAACAUGGAAGUUAUCAGAACCAGGAUGCUGGAAGCUACAAAUCAUGUUGACAAGGUGUAUCGGCCCCUGAAUAUCCAUGUUAUGCUGGUGGGUUUAGAGGUGUGGACGGAUCAGGAUCACAUUUUGGUGAGUGUGAAUUCAGAAGACACUCUCAGCCGCUUCCUUGACUGGAGAAAGAACAUUUUGCUUAAACGAGUGAAGCAUGACAACGCUCAGUUUGUGACUGGAAUUCAAUUCUUGGGUGAAACUGUCGGGCUGGCAAACAAAUUUGCAAUGUGUAGUGAAAAUUCAGCGGGUAUUAAUCAGGAUCAUAAUCAGAAUGCAAUGGGUCUGGCUUCCACCAUUGCUCAUGAGAUGGGUCAUAAUAUGGGCAUGUCUCAUGAUGAAGGUCACUGCACCUGUGGCUCAUCCAUGCUCAACUCCACCUGCAUCAUGACAGACUCUGUGGGCAAUCUGUUCCCGGAGCAGUUCAGUAACUGUAGUCUGCAGCAGUUGAGUGUGUUUCUGGAAAACGCCAACCCCAAAUGUCUGCUGAACACCCCGAGCUCACACAGACUGUACAGCGGGCCUGAAUGUGGCAAUGCUUUCCUGGACCCUGGAGAGGAGUGUGACUGUGGGACAGUGGAGGAAUGUGAAAAUCCAUGCUGUAAUGCUGCGACAUGCCGGCUCACUGAAGGCUCGCAGUGUGCUCAAGGAAAAUGCUGUGAGAAUUGCCAGAUCAAAACUGCUGGAAGUUUGUGUCGGGCAUCUGUAAAUGAGUGUGACCUUGCAGAGUACUGCACAGGUCUGUCAGAGCAGUGUCCAGACAAUGAUUUCAACAUGAAUGGAAAACCUUGCAGUUCAGGCCAGGGUUACUGCUACAAUGGCCAGUGCCCCACUCACCUUCAACACUGCCAAAGACUCUGGGGAACUGGUGCCAAAGUGGCUUCUAAAGCAUGUUUUAAUCAAAACACAAUUGGAAGAAACGAUUCUCACUGUGGAAAGACCAAAGAUGGCUACAGAGCCUGUACAAAAGAAAACAUGUUUUGUGGAAAGAUAUUUUGCUUUGGAGGAAAUAACUACCCCAUUACAGGUCAGAAAGCUGUCAUAAUAACAGGUAUGGGACAUAUAUGCAACAUAGCCGGAGACCAGUCAGAGGAGGACAUCCUCAGCAUGGUGCCCACUGGCACAAAUUGUGGACCCAAUAAGGUUUGCUUUGAUUAUAUGUGCCAAGACCUGAAAGUUUAUGGCAGUAAUGAAGACUGCUCAUUAAAAUGCAAUGGUAGAGGGAUUUGUAAUCAGAAAAAACAAUGCCACUGUUACAAUGGUUGGGCCCCUCCUUACUGUGAUGUCAAAUAUUCAGAAUUGCCUUCCGGAGGAGCGGCUAAGACUAUUGGCAUCUUAGCAGCACUUGCAAUCGUUCUUCUUGCUGUAAUAAUUGGAGUAGUGGUUUAUUGUAAAAAGAGAAAAACCAUCGGGCACCAGACGAAAACUUCAUCUUCAGGACAGACCCUUCUUUAUGAAAACAGCACUGCUAAGAGGGUCCGCCCUCAGAUCAGCCUGCCCAUAUUCAUGGAGACCACCGCAACUCAACCCUGCCUCCCUCUGACCGCUAGAGUGGCUCCAACCCAUCCUGAUCCCCCAGUGACAGGAGAUACGGUGAAGAUCCCGCUACGACCCCCCACCAUUCCAAGAAGAUGACCACAUGUGAAAUCAUCAUCUGACUCAUUUCAACAAAUUGCAAUCCUGCUUGUUCACUUUUAUAUUCUGUGGGCUGCUGAAUCCCACAGCACCUGUUUAACCAUGCCUUUAAAUGAAUACCAUUACAAUGCUUGAAAUCAUGUGUCUGUUAAAUGUCAGCUGCAAGAAAUGUCAUUGUACAAAAUCUGUAUAUGUGGUUGGGAAAUUUACCUACAGACCAAACUGCUUUAUAAUAAGUUUAAUUUAUUAUAUAGAUUAUUAUGUAGAUAUGUAUAUAUUUUAUACUUAAUAAAAGUUGUUUUUAAAUUCAUUGCAUGCCUUAGUUUUA